AUGGGCCAGAUGAGCAGCAGCAGCAAUAAAAGAGCUCCGACGACAGCGACCCAGAGGCUGAAACAGGACUAUCUUCGCAUUAAGAAGGACCCGGUGCCUUACAUCUGUGCUGAGCCCCUCCCUUCCAAUAUCCUUGAAUGGCACUAUGUGGUCCGAGGCCCAGAGAUGACUCCUUAUGAAGGUGGCUAUUACCAUGGAAAACUAGUUUUUCCCAGAGAAUUUCCUUUUAAACCUCCUAGUAUUUAUAUGAUCACACCCAAUGGAAGAUUCAAGUGCAAUACAAGGCUGUGUCUUUCGAUCACGGAUUUCCACCCAGACACGUGGAACCCGGCCUGGUCCGUCUCCACCAUCCUGACUGGGCUCCUUAGCUUCAUGGUGGAGAAGGGCCCCACCCUGGGCAGUAUAGAGACGUCGGACUUCACGAAAAGACAGCUGGCGGCGCAAAGUUUAGUGUUUAAUUUAAAAGACAAAGUCUUCUGUGAAUUAUUCCCUGAAGUCGUGGAGGAAAUAAAACAAAAACAGAAAGCUCAAGACGAACUCAGUAGCCGACCCCAGGCUCUCCCCUUACCAGACGUGGUUCCAGACGGGGAAACACACCACGGUCAGAAUGGGCUUCAGCUCCUCAACGGGCACGCGCCGGGGGCCGGGCCGCACCUCGCGGGCCUCCAGCAGGCCAACCGGCACCACGGACUCCUGGGCGGCGCCCUGGCGAACUUGUUUGUUAUAGUUGGGUUUGCAGCCUUCGCCUACACGGUCAAGUACGUGCUGAGAAGCAUAGCGCAGGAGUGAGCCCCGCGCCACAGCCGGCAGAGGUGGUCGAACCGAGGGCACCGCGCCCGAGCUCGCCAUGGGCUGGCUGGACGUGCCGCCA